UGAAAAUGAAUCCUAAUAGUCCAGCUCAGGUUAUCCAUCCAUCUGUCGAUCCAUCCAUCGAUCCAUCCAUAAAAGUUCUUUGAGUAUUUACCAUGUGCACUGAGGAUACAAAGAAAAAUAAGACCAAGUCAAAGUCCCUGUCCUCAAGGAGCUCAUGGAAUAAUGGGAAUAGACACCAAGCCAUGUAGUGCAGUGUGAUAGGUGCUCUGGUGGAGGUGGAUAUGGGGUAUCAUGGGAUACAGAAGAGAAACAUCUUACUCAGAUUGGAUGGUAAGGGAAGGUUUCCACUGAAGGUGACAUUUGAACUGAAUCAUAUAUAAAAGAGAGGUAGUAUUGAGGAGGGGUUAAGAACCUAGGCUCUGGAAUUCACCAUCCCCAUUCAGACCCUGACUCUGUCGCUUAAUGGCUAUAUAACCUUGAACAUGUAAUUUAACAUCUCUGUGUCAUAAUUUCUUUAUUUGUAUAGCAGUGAUAAUAAUAAUAUUUAGGAUUAUUGUGAGGGUUAAAUGAAUUAACAUAUCUAACGUACUUAGAACAGUGCCUGGCACACAAUAAGUACCGAAGAAGUGUUAGCUGUUGUUAUUUUUGUUACUAUUAUUAUUAUAAUAUUUAGUCAGUCACUCAAAUAUUUACUGAGUGCCUACUAAGGGCCAGAUACCAUGCCAGGCACUGGUUAUGCAGUGAUGAGCAAAACAGAUGUGGUCUCUCCCCUAAUGAAGCUUAUGGAUUUGAGGAGAGACAGAAAAAUAAGAAGCAAUUACAGUUACGUGUAGUAAGUGCCACAAUUGGGAAGUAUAGAGUGCUAUGGGAGUGCUUAAGAGGGAAAAUUAACUUUAGCCUAAGGCUUAUUUUGAAAGGUGAGCAGGGCGAGCCAGGUAGAGGGAAUAGCCUGGGCAAAGGCAUGGAGGCGUGAGUGAGCCUGGGUCACUGGAGGAAUGACAGGCAGGUUGGUUUUUCUGGACCACUGGGGUGUGUGACCGGUGGUGGAUGGCAGGAGAUAAGGUUGGAAACGUAGGGAGGCUAGUUUGUCGUUGCUAUGGAGCGUACACUGUACUUUGGAUAGAUGGAUUUUAAGCAGCAAAAUAACACAGUCCAAUCUGUAUUUUAGAAAGAUUACUCUGGCACCACUGUGGAAGAAGGAUUGGAGAUGCAUGAGACUAGAGGUGGUGGGACCUGUUAGCAGGCUGUUAUGAUAUUUAGGCAAUAGACAUUGAAGGCUUGACCCCAAAUAGUGGCUAAUUCUCAAAUAGGUGAGAAUUAGCAGUUAGCAGGCUUCACGAGCAGAGACGUCCUAAAAGGAGUCUGUGUCUAGAAGAGAUAAAGAUGUAAAAAAAAAAAAAAGAGAGAGAGAGAGAGAUAAAGAUGUAUAAGAUAACGUGGGGAGGAGCUCAGAGUUACUGGAUGCUGGAAGGUGUGUUCAGGGCUGGGUCAAGUGGAGACCUGGUUGUAUCUUAGUUAGAGGUAACUAGGGAGCUAUGGGAUGUUGAGGUGAGAGUCAGGUGAGAAGGCUUCUCUGGGGGGGUGGAGUUAAGGUGGAGGCUGGUGGUUUGAUAGGGACUUGAAUAUAUAUGUGACAGCGAAGCUUGUGGAAAUUUUAUUGGCCCCUGAAAACAAGGAUUACCUGAUUCGUUUUGUCAAUAUACGGGACUGAUAUCCAAUCCAGAGUGAUCCAGAUGCUGGUGCAGACUUUUAAUAAUUCAUUUCCAUUCAGCAAACAUUAAGAAAUACUAAGUACCAGGCAUAGAUGCAAGGGCCAAUAUUUGGAGUGUCCAGAGACGAGACAAGAGGGUAGGUGGUGACGAGAAGGAAUAAAAGCACACUCUAAUAGCUGGAUGGUGGUACUGGAUCCUGUGAAGCCUGGUGGACCUUAUGAAGUGAUGGCACAGCAGACUCUUGGGAGGAAGAACUUCACCCUGAGAAUUCACGAUGUCUUAUUUGGAGAUGUCUGGCUUUGCAGUGGGCAAAGUAACAUGCAAAUGACUGUUUCACAGAUAUUUAAUGCCACAAGCGAGCUAUCGAACACAGCUGCCUAUCAGUCUGUCCACAUCCUCUCCGUGUCUCUCACCCAGGCUCAGCAGGAGCUGGAGGACCUUGCCAAGGUUGAUUUGCAAUGGUCCAAGCCCACCUUGGAAAACUUGGGCCAUGGCAAUUUCACGUACAUGUCAGCAGUGUGCUGGCUCUUUGGGCGUUACCUGCAUGACACUCUGCGGUAUCCCGUGGGGCUGAUCUCCUCCUCGUGGGCCGGGACGCCCAUUGAAGCCUGGUCAUCUGAAAGGUCACUGAAAGCCUGUGGGGUCCCAAGGCAAGGGUUCAUGCCGUCUGAUCUUGAAACUGGUCCCAGUGAAUACUCUGUUCUCUGGAAUGCCAUGAUCCAUCCGCUCCGUAAUAUGACUCUGAAAGGGGUGAUAUGGUACCAGGGGGAGUCCAAUGUAAACUUUAACAGGGACCUGUACAAUUGUACGUUCCCUGCACUCAUUGAAGACUGGCGCCAAACCUUCCACGAUGGCUCCCAGGGGCAGACAGAGCGCUUCUUCCCAUUUGGAUUUGUCCAGUUAUCUUCAUAUUUGUCUGGUGCAACCCCAAAUGAUGGGCUUCCCGAGAUCCGUUGGCAUCAAACGGCAGACUUUGGCUAUGUCCCUAACCCAAGGAUGCCCAGCACUUUCAUGGCUGUAGCUGUGGAUCUCUGUGAUAGGAAUUCGCCUUUUGGCAGCACACACCCUCGGGAUAAGCAGACGGUGGCCUACAGGCUGCACCUGGGGGCCCGUGCCGUGGCUUAUGGGGCAAAGUUGACCUUUCAAGGACCACUGCCUCAGAAGAUAGAACUCCUGGGCGACAUGGGGCUGCUGAACCUCACAUAUUCCCAGCCAAUCCAGGUGCAGAGGCACAACAACAAGAUAUUUGAGAUCUCCUGUUGCAGUGACCAUCAGUGCAAGUGGCUUCCAGCUCCCAUGGACACUUUCUCCGCCCAGACGCUGGCCCUGAAUGUCAAGUCUUGUCACAACAGCCUGGUUGCUGUUCGCUAUGCGUGGACCACAUGGCCUUGUGAAUAUAAGCAGUGUCCCCUGUACCACCCCACCAGUGCCCUGCCAGCUCCUCCCUUCACUGCUUUCAUUACAAACCAGAUUCCUGGGUAUCGCAGCAAGGUUGCUAAAUGAUUCUGUUGCAGUAUGAUCACAUCUUAGACGUAAGUGUGGAUCCUUUAGAUUUGGGCAUUUAGGAGUUUAAAUGACAGCUGUUGCUUUUUAAUGGAAAUGAAUAGAACUGCCUCAUUGACAGCGCCCGGCUAGCACAUGGCUGUUUCCAUAUUCUGAGAUGCCAGAGCUGGUAGGCAAAUGUAACGCUUGUCUUUUGUCCUCCAGUUGGGCCAGGUAUCUGUAUUAGAAUAAUUCCAAACUACAAACAACUUGAAUCUCAAUGUCAUUCGCUUCCCUUAUUACUGGGAGUGAAAUGUCUUUAACACUUUUGUCCCCUUACCUCCAGACUGUGGCAACUCGGGGUCGGAAGAGAUUUUAAGGCCAUGCAGGCCGGCUAGCAUUUAUGUUUUUUUCUAUAAAAUAUGAGAGGUGGUUAUCAAAUUUCUGUAUAAAGUUUCCCUUCUAAACUUCCCAACAGUUUUUCCUCCUGUGGAACCGAAAUGUUUCUUCCACUACACAACAAUCUUUCAGAGAACUGAUUUCAGUCCUAUUUUGUUCCAAGCUGAAAACAAUUCUAUUCCUUUAGUCUAAAUAAUGAUAAUGUGAAUAUUUAACAGAAAGAAACCAGAAUCACGUGCAGGCAUUUUGGGAGGCGCUAAGGGAUGGCCUCAAGGAGGGAAGAGAAGGGCGAGCUGGAGCAGCCCAUGGGGAGGCCAUGUGACCGCAGAGGUCAUUGAGAAGCAAACAGAGAUAUCAGGCUCUUUAAAGGUAAGAGGUUUAACUAUGAAAAGGACAAUCCAGAUGGAGGAACAACGUGAGGCUGAAAGUAAAGCUACAGGAUAAGCAUUUAGAAAAGUAAUCUAGAUGGGGCAAAUGUGAAAGAGGGCUUUUGUGUAUACUAUUAAGAAUCAUAAUGCUGUUUAUUGGUUGAUUAAGAACAGUUAAAGGCACUUGACAAUUGUCUGUAAUCUCUAAGAAGCUGGAAAUAAAAGUAUAAUCAUUAGUCACGUGUACACAUUCCUCUCUAGUCAAAACUGGGUUAUGAACGGGCUUGCAAAUUGUCCCCUGAACCUGAGAAAGGAGACUAAUCUGUGGGUAGUUUCCAUUCCCUUACUGUGAAAAAUGAGAACGAAAGCAUAAGCAUCACUCUCUCCAUACCUGUCCCCCAAGGGGUCCUGGCGUAACUGAAGAGCAGGAAUGCAUCGUCAGUGCCAGGAUCUUAGUAAAAAGCGAAACAGCUACGCAGCUUGCAAGGAACUCUGCUCCUUCAAGGACUUCCCAGCGCACAGCUGGCUCCUAACACCCAAACCUUGGCCUCUUACUCAUCUGGCCUAACAGGAACCACGGACCCAGUAACAGACUCCUGCGGAAAAGCGAAUGUACUGUCCACUCCUCCUCACCGCAGCACUCACGCGCGUCGCGUGGCGGCCGUUCUAACUUGGAAGAAGCUAGAAACAGUUAAGCGCUCCAGGCCCAGGUUCCCUUCACCCCCAGUAAGCUAGGGCACACAGUGUAAAACGUUAGGUUUAGGUGGUGGAUAUCUUAAUGAAAAGUCAUAUGAAAGUUUAUUUUUAAUGGUUGAAUAAUUUAAAACAUUCUGUGGGAAUUCAGUUUCUUUCCCAAAUGAAAAUAACUUUUUACUAUUUGAAAAAAUCGAAUUCAUAAUCACUAAGAAGACUUGGAUGCUAAAGAAAAGUAUACGUAAGUAAAAAUCACCACAAAAUUCAUCAUUUGGAGACACUUAAUAUCUUGGUGAACAUCACCUGAUUUGUUUAGGUCACAUUUUACAUACUACUACACGGUAUAUUAUUUUGUAACCUGCGUUUCUGACUUAUUCUAGAGAAAUAAUUUUCCUAUGUAAAGUGAAAACAGAUUUAGUUUGUUUCAGUUUGUGGGAGCUCCAUAUUUUCUUUAACUAAUUUGCCAUCAGUGGACAUAGAGGGUUUUAAACAAAUACUGUGAUAACUGUUACGUGCAAACACCAUCCCGCACUUAAUUCCUUAGGGUCCUGAAUAUGGAAUAAUGGGUUUAAGGAUAAAUAUGUUUAACAUUUUGACACCUAUAGCUUAACCCUUCCAAAGGGUUCAACAGUUGACAUUUCCACCAAGGCACAGUCCCAUUUUCUCCCUCAUUUUCACUGACAUUGGAUGUUGUCAAACUAUCUUCAACAAUCCAAUAGAUGAAAAGAUUUUUUAAGUAUGCUAGCUAGGGCAGUGUUUUUCAAGCUACUUAAAAUGAUGAUCCAUAGUAAAAACACUUUACAUCAUUCCAUGUAUCCCCAUGUGUAUUGUGUGAAUGGUAUAUAAACGCCUAUAUACACACUAUAGUUGAAACCACUUUCAACCUUUGACGUGCGAUAUAUUCCAAUAUGUUCUAAUUGUCUUCUAAUUUAAUUUUAAAAGAUGUGGGUCUUGAUUGCCUAAGUUUAAGAACAACUAGUGUGUUGAGAUUUGUAGUUUGAAAAACACUGUUUUAGGAAAGCUACAAAAUGAAUACUUUAAUUAAAGGAAAACCGUGCACUAACUUACAUAAAUUUGUUUUAAUGUCCUUAGAAUGACGCUCACGUUGAAUCUGUGAUUAACUCAGGCUGUAACAGAAUGGAAAGAUACUGGUUAUGUGAUAAAAGCAGCAUAUACCAUUUCUGUGUAAGUGCAAAUGGCUUCAGGCACCUUAUGCAGAGAAAAAAGAAAAACGAAAAA